AGAGUUCCCGAAAAGAAUCCUUCCAAUCUGGCUUUAUUCAUCUGGAUCACGAUUUUCUAACCCCCAACCCAAAGAAAAAAAAAUGUUUUUUUGUUUUUUCUGCAUCACUUUUUUGUUUCUGUUUUUUUGCAAUCUUCAUUACGAUCUAAAGUUGAGCAAACUGAAAGUAAUUCUUUUUUUGGUAGAAAGCAAACUGAAAGUAAUUCACUGAAGCGAAAAAAAUAGCAAACCAUUUGACAUUUUAACCGAUUUUCCUGUUGCACCAACUGUUAGGUUCCCAGAAUCAAUACCUAUUUUCAACUCUACUCCUCCUCUCUCUCUUCUGUCACUUUCAAUCUCUCUGUAAUUUAUUGAAAGAUAAGGAUUCAGAAUUCUAUAUUUGGGCUAAUUUUGGGAGAGGAGUAGAAAUAUCACAUUUGAAAGAUCUGCCCAGACUCCCUUUUUUUUUGGGGGGGGGGGGUGAGAGUGCAAAUCUGCCUAGAUUCGUUGGUAGCUUCAAAGUGUGAUACCGAAUAUGGGAGCUUCAUCUUGGCCUUCCGAAAGAGAGGUGGGUGAAAUAAGAAAGAAGGUGGCGGAAAUGAGUGGAAGAAGUGCUGAGGAGGUCAGGGUUGUUGUUUCUCCGUAUAGGAUUUGUCCCCUGGGAGCACACAUUGAUCAUCAGGGUGGAGCUGUUUCAGCUAUGACCAUUAAUAAGGGUAUUCUACUGGGUUUUGUUCCUUCUGGCAACUCUGAGGUUUUGCUAGAAUCAGGUCAAUUCCAUGGAGUCGUGAGAUUUAGAGUUGAUGAAGUUCAGUACCCAAGGCAUGCCAUUCGGAAGAAUGACAACGGCCAUGCAACUGAUUCAUCCCAGGUCCACAAAGAGAGCAAUUGGGGGACCUAUGCUAGGGGAGCACUGUAUGCACUGCAGAUAACAGGGAACCAUGUCACAAAGGGUAUCAUAGGGUUCAUCUGUGGUUCCACGGGACUUGAUAGUUCAGGGCUUAGCUCUUCAGCUGCUGUUGGCGUGGCUUAUCUCUUGGCCCUUGAAACUGCAAAUAAUUUGAACGUAACACCAACAGAAAAUAUUGAAUUAGAUCGGAUAAUUGAAAAUGGAUAUUUGGGUCUAAAAAAUGGUAUUUUGGAUCAAUCAGCUGUACUACUUUCUAGUUAUGGUUGCCUAACUUACAUGAAUUGCAAGACCAAGGAACACAAGCUCAUCCACCCACUGAAGUCCCAUGAAAUCAAGGAAUCCACGGGGAAAAAGGAAUACAAGAUAUUAUUAGCAUUUUCAGGCUUGAAGCAUAAUUUGGCGAAUAACCCUGGGUAUAAUCGCCGGGUUGCUGAAUGCAAGGAAGCUGCUCAGAUUAUUUUAGAUGCUUCUGGAAAGGGAGAUCUGGAACCUCUUUUUUGUAAUGUUGACGUAGAAGCAUACAGGGCACACAAGCACAAAUUAGCACCAAAACUAGCUAGAAGAGCUGAGCAUUAUUUUUUUGAGAACACGCGGGUUGCAAAAGGACUUGAAGCAUGGGCAUGUGGCAACAUGGAGGAAUUUGGAAAGCUCAUGUCAGCUUCUGGUUUAAGUUCCAUCGAGAACUAUGAGUGUGGUUGUGAGCCAUUGAUACAUCUAUAUAGUAUCCUUUUGGAAACACCCGGUGUGUUCGGUGCACGGUUUAGUGGUGCUGGAUUUAGAGGUUGCUGUCUUGCAUUUGUAGAGGCUGAUAAAGCAACAGAAGCAGCCCUAACCGUGAGGAAAAAGUAUCAACAACGACAACCUCUGUUGGCAAAUCAGCUCGACGAGGAAACUGCUGUAUUAAUCUGCGAAACAGGUGACUCCGCUCAUGUAAUAUGAUUGAAAUGUGUUCGUUGUAUAAAGUAUUCACAUUCAACCCAAGUUGGUCAGCUGGCUCAAGCCAAGGCAUGACAACACUGCGCCCCCAAGAGAGGAGACUCCGUGGAAGUAAUCUGAUCAUAUGUUUUAUUGUUACUGAUCUCCAUUCAUGUUCUUAAAUGGGUUGUUAUUAUUGUAACAACUAUUUGUGAGGUCACCAAAUGUCGCAAAUUGAUCGAGCCGCCCAUUACAUAUUUGACAAUCUAUGAAAACCUUUGAUUCAUUUAAAA